AUGGUUAAACCAAAAGGACCCUCAACUACCCAAAGAACUGUGGUGCUUCUACUUGGUACCGGAUUUGGCUUGUACUGGGGAAUGAAAUACUUGAACGAAAACUACAAACUAGUAUCUUAUAAACCACCUAAAGACGACAAGCCGGUUAAAUUUUCCCUGAAAUACAGAGAUGUGCAACCACUAGAAAAAAGGAAACCUAUAGAAGCGGAAAUAGUGGAGGCUACUUCCGAAAAGAACUGA